GCCUGCUCUUCGAAUAAUUCUUUUGAGCAUCGAAUGAACAAACAGAAAAGAAAAAAAAUGUGAAGUUUCAGAUCGAUCUAUCACUUCCUUUACCCCCUUUUUUGUUCAUCGUCCUCAAAACCCUAGCCAGACAGUGAGGCAAUAUAUUAGUCGUUUAGCACUCUCUUCACAAACUCUCUCCCUCCCUCCCUCCCUCCUCUCUCUCUCUCUCUUUUUCACCGUCACAGGCACACGAAAAAGAAAGCAUCUCAAGAAGCCAUUUGUUAAUCUGAAGGACACUAGUGUUCGAAAGGUGGAUCAUCAUCGGAGGCAUGGAAAGAGGUCACUUCCUCCUGAAGCAUCGGUGCAAGAGAAGGCCAAAGAAGAAGAGGAAGAAGAACAAGACGAAGAGCCGUGCAGUUUCUCGUCAUCCUGGUCCGAGACCGACUUCUCGACCAUGGUCACUACUCUCACUCAAGUCAUGGACACCACCGCCACCAACACCACAAAUCUUCCCAGCUCAGCUUAUUCAUCAGUUGAAUCCACCACCACAACUCUCGUCUUUGACUCGCCUCAACCAUCUCAAAAUCAGGAGAAUAGCAGGAUGACGAGAAGACACUAUAGAGGAGUGAGGCAAAGGCCGUGGGGCAAAUGGGCCGCCGAGAUACGAGACCCGAUCAAAGCAGCUCGGGUGUGGCUUGGCACGUUCGACACGGCUGAAGCAGCGGCCCUCGCCUACGACAACGCUGCCCUCAGAUUCAAAGGCACCAAGGCCAAGCUCAAUUUCCCCGAACGAGUUCAAGGCAACACUAGUACGAGCAUCCCUAGGAACGUGUACCCUCCUCGCAAUCUAUCGUCAUUGUCCGGACAAAGCAUCAACGCCAUGCCGUUUAAUCCAUCAGUGACAACGACGGCAUCGUCUCAUGAAGCAUACCCGCACUUGAUUCAGUACGCGCAGCUUCUCUCAAGUAGUGAUGCGGAGUUCCCCAUCAUUACUUCGACCUUGUUGGGUCAAGAGCACUUUGGUUCCCCAUCUUCGAUGUCGUCGUCUCGACAAGACGAGGUGGCGAGAUCAUCUAGUUAUGAUUUUCAGGAUGCUGAGGAAUACAAGCCUGGUGACCGAAGCAAGUGAAGAGGAAAGUGCUUUUGUGUGUGUCUUUGGAACAUUCUCUUUGGAAAUAUUUUGGUCUGGUUAAUAUUGGAAUGACGCACAGAUCCAAGCGUGUUGUGUUAGGCUUGAUUUGGGCGUCAAUUGUUUGUGUUCCUUGCGAGAAAGGAGCGGGAAAGAUUACCAUUGGAGUAUGUUUUUGGCAAGGAUCGAAAUUAGCAUGGAAUGUCGUGUUUUCCCUUUUUC